AUGUCGCGGGCCUCCAAACUCACCCUGCUGGGCACCUCGCUCUUUGCCGUUACCACCGUCGUCUUUGUACAUUUCCAGCAGAAGUUUGAACAGCAGGCAAUGCACCAAGGUGUCAUCCGUGACAUGGAGCAGCAGCGGAUCAAGAAGGAGCGCCAGCUCGACUUCGAGAUGCAGAAAGCCCUGGAGGAGGAGUACAAGAAGGGCCAGACGGUGCGCGAGAGUGUGGCCGAUUUGGAAAUACCGAAACGGGCACAGGGCCGCUAUCAUUAA